GCCCAGUAUACGAUUCCCCCCAUUGAGUCACAUCUGAAGCGCACAUCGCACUAUCUGGGUGCUCCAUCCUCAACAUGUCAGACACAGAAGAUGCAACAUAUGAGGGACAACAUGCUGGAGAGGAAAAUGAAGGAGACGAUGUAAAACCCAAGUUAAAGCCUGGUUUCGUUCCCGGCCUGGCAGCUCCGAAGAUCCCUGAUGGAGAAAAGGUGGAUUUUGAUGACAUUCAUCGCAAACGAAUGGAAAAGGACCUGAACGAGCUCCAGACUCUGAUCGAGGCUCACUUUGACAAGCGUAAAACGGAGGAAGAGGAGCUUAUCAACCUCACAGAUCGCAUUGAAAAACGCAGGUCAGAGAGAUCAGAGCAGAUGAAGAUCAGAGCAGAGAGAGAAAAAGAGCGACAGAACAAAAUAUCUGAGGAAAAAGCGAGGAAAGAAGACGAAGAGGCCAAGAAGAAAGCAGAUGAUGACGCCAGGAAGAAGAUGAUUCUGUCCAACUUGAGUUUCACUGGAUACAAAACACAGACUGGGCCGAAAAGACAAACAGAGAGAGAGAAGAAGAGGAAGAUCCUGAACGACCGACGCAAGGAGUUAAACAUCGAUCACCUGAGAGAGGACAAACUCAAGGAAAAAGCGAAGGAGAUGUGGGACUGGUUGCGUCAGCUGGAGUCGGAGAAAUUUGAACUUCAGUAUCAGCACACAAAGCAGAAGUAUGAGAUCACCGUGCUGAGAAACCGAGUCAGUGACCAUCAGAAAAUUUCAAAGGGCGUCAGGAGCAAGCGAGGGUUGAGGAAGUAACAUCUGACGUCAACGUGAAGAAAACCGGCAUCAGUGAGCGACAGAAACUGAAUUUGAACGUUUUCUACAUACUUGAACGUGCAAGAACAAAGUGAUGGUUGUGAAAAUAUUAUAAGAUUCUCUUAAACAGGUUAUCUGUAAUAUAAUGAAGUGCAUGCUGAGAAUUCCAGAGGUGUAACUGAGUCUCUGAUCCCAGACUGAUCAGACGAAGUGGUGCAGCUCAUGUUUAUUUAAAAAGAAAUGUGUGAUCUAUUAUAAUGGCUUUAGUGACCGGAUUUGGACUUUAAUACUAAUUUCCAAACCCUGAAUUUGUCGAUUGGAAAACUCAAAGUGAAUUGGAGACAGAUUAACUAUUUUUGUGCUGCAAUGAAUUAAAUAAACUUUAUUUAACAAAC